AUGGCAAAAAAUGUGAAAGUCAUGAUAUUCUCACCUGCAAACAACGCUGCACAUAACAAACAGCGUACCUCCGCCAUCUUCACUUGCACACAGCUCAACUACUGCCACCCCCUUUCACUUUCAUCACUUCUUUCUAUCUCCAAUGGCUUCCAAAGCUCUCCUUUCUCAGAUCAAUUCUCCCUCCCCUAACUCUAACCCAAGCCCUGAAACCUUUUCUUUCAAUCGCUGCUCACUUCCAACUGUCUCCAGACCCCCUCUCCUGUCAACCCAAUUGAAGACCAACCAAAGCAGUUUCAUUGCCAACUGUUCUUCAGCUUCGACUGAUCGCCCAAAAGACGAAACCCCAAUUGAACUCAGGUUCCCUGCCUUUCCAACUGUUGUUGAUAUCAAUCAGAUUCGAGACAUUUUGCCACAUCGGUUUCCAUUUCUUUUGGUGGAUAGGGUUAUUGAGUAUAAUCCAGGAGUUUCAGCCGUUGGAAUCAAGAAUGUGACCAUUAAUGACAACUUCUUUCCUGGGCAUUUUCCUGAGAGGCCAAUUAUGCCUGGUGUUCUCAUGGUUGAGGCAAUGGCUCAAGUUGGUGGUUUGGUAAUGCUGCAGCCAGAAAUGGGAGGCUCACGUGACAGUUUCUUUUUCGCUGGAAUUGACAAGGUGAGGUUCAGGAAACCAGUGGUCGCCGGAGACACUUUGGUAAUGAGAAUGACACUCAUCAAACUUCAAAAACGCUUUGGAAUCGCAAAAAUGGAGGGAAAGGCGUAUGUUGGAGGUGAGAUCGCUUGCGAAGGUGAGUUCUUGAUGGCUAUGGGUAGUAGUGAGUGACAUAGUGGAUCUCAUUCAUGUUCUGCUAGUUUAACUCUUGCAUCUUUUCUGUUUAGAUUAAUUGUAUUACUCCAAACCGAACCAUUUUUGUUGACUUUUAGGGGUGGUUUGUUUUCUCUUCCAUUAAGCUCUGUAUGGAUAAAGUAAUCUGCAAGGAUUUAGUUAAGUUGUUUGUUUGUGUGCUUGUACACCACUGAAUUGUUGUUUGUACUACAUGUUUUACCAUAUUACAUUGUAUGCUU